AUGACUCUCGAGUCAUUCCCACCAGAGCUUCUCGAAGCCAUCCUCCUCCAAGUGGACCUCCAGACGCUGCUCUUGGCCCAGCGAACCAGCCGGUAUUGGGCGAGAUGUAUCCGAGAGUCGUCCGCACUCCAGCAGGCCUUAUUCUUCCAUCCCGUCACCCCUCAGCCGCCCUCCGAGCCGCAACUCAACCCGCUUCUAGCCGACCGGUUUCCCUGGUGGUUCCCGCGCAAGGGCCAAGCCUCGAGUCAGGCUUUUGGGCCGUCGGCUGUGCACGGGUUCCUGGUGGGCUAUAAGAAAGAUGCAUAUUUCCGAUGCAACUCGAGCUGGCGCCGAAUGCUCGUGCAGCAGCCCCCGGUGGAGUCGUGUGGAUGGGUGGAGCGCACCGAGUCAGUGGCAGGACUAGUUACGUUACGCCGGUGGACAAUCCCGCUCACCAUCAUCGGAGAUGGAGAUGGAGAUGGGGGCGGACUGCGUAUGAAUGGUUUGUACGACCUGGCUGUGGGUGCGUCGCCAUUGGCUUCGGGCGAGGAGAAGAAGAACCGCCAUUUUCGAGUCUUUUGGCGCGGUCCUGACUCGCACGAUGCUGGUUUGUCGGUCUCGCGUCCCUGGCCUCCGCUUCCGUCGCCGAACUUGCAGCCCAGUGGCGACACUAGGUAUCUUCGGUCCUUGAAGAAGGCUCGUGCUGCGUGCGAGGUGGUGCUCGAUACGUGGGACACAGCUGUCGAUCGUCGGCUGCCGGAUUCUCCUGAGCAUGGCGAUGGUUCAAUGCGCCCGUUCCAGUUUCCAUUCCCGGACUGGGAUAGAGACUCCUUGCUUGCGCGGAGAGUCAUGCACGAAUCUGCGUCCAUAGACACAGCCCCCAUGAGUUGUACGGCCCCGUGGAGGACUCUACCGGAUGAGGAAGAUGUGGAUUUGUAA